UAGCCAAAAUCCGGUUUCGUGAGUACUAUCUGUGACAUAUCAUCAUGCAGUGAUGAUUUGUAUGUAAUUACGAAAGUAAACAACACCUUAGCCGGCUUCUGCAUUCAGUAAUUGUGUAUUUAAAUAGGAGAUCUGAUCAGAGAACAAGAUGGCCGAAGUAGUAAAGUCUGGAUACUUGAAGAGAUUCAGCAAAGGCAUCUUGGAUGGGGGCUGGAACAAUGUAUGGGUUGUCCUGCACAAAGACAGUAACUUGGUUAUUUACAAGAAACAAGGGGACACAAGUCCAAAAGGACAUGUCUUAAUGAAGGAAGUGUGUAAGCACUUUGCUUAUGGAACAUACACUGAUGGAAUGCCUGAGAGACCAGAACUUCCAAAAGGUGGCUCGAUCGAUAAUGUGUUAGCCAUUCCAUCCAAACCAAGUUCCAAGGCGAAGAUUCACUGGUUUUAUUGUCCAUCACAAGACGACCUGCAUGCCUGGAUGAGCGCCAUCUGCAGUACACUGCCACCACCUAAAGUUCAAACUCAACCUCAAGCCCAACCUCCAACAUCUGUGCCCGUCAGUCAACCUAUUCAAGUUGAGAAAUCGACAAAUGUGUCAAGUCUGCCCCCAUACCCGGGUGGUCCCCCUCAACCUGUGCCUGGAGGAAUAGGCUUUACUGGAUUUGAAGCCACUCUGCCUCCUGUUUCAUCUCAACCAAACUAUGCAGCUCCCCCUGCAUAUCCAGCUCAGCCAGGCUAUGCCCCUCCGCAGCAGCCUUACCCCCAGGCUUAUGCCCAGUACCCACCCCCACCACAGUACAAUCAGCAGGCCUAUCCACAACAGCAGUAUUAUCAACAGCAACCAGGACCAGUAUAUCCACGGCAACAGUAUGCACCGCCACCACAGGGAUAUGCUCAACCAGGCUACACCCAGUACCAGCAAUACCCCCAGGGUCAGUAUGCAGCACCAGGAUAUGCUCCCCCACAGUAUGCACAGCAGCAACCAAACGUGGUGUACGUCGACCAGAAGAAGAAGGGAGGAAUUCUCAGUUCUAACACAGGGAAGACAGCUGCAGCUUUGAUAGGCGGUGCUGCCCUCGGUUACGGAGCCACACGUAUGAUGGGAGGGGGGCUGGGUAUGAUGGGUGGUGGGUGGGGAUGUGGGAGGUGGGGAUCCUGGAGUUCGUUCAGCAGUUUCAGUGGUGGAAGUUUCGGCAGCUGGAGCAGCUAGUCCUGUGGUGUGGAGUCUACAACUUAUAUCAUGACUGAAUCUAUUUCUACAAAGAAGAAUUCUGCUCUGAGAAUGUGUUUAGCCUCGUAGUUUGUUGUGCAUCUCUUCUCCGGUGACUAUUGCUGUUUGAGAAUAACACCUCAAACUAUGUACAUUGUACAUUAUACAUUGUGAUUUGUGAUGCAGUUCAACACGACCAUCUCGUGUCUGGACAUAAAGGUUACACACCACCAUUCAUUACUCUAUGCAGUCCAGUAUAAAAUGUCUGUAAGAAUAUAUUCGGUGAAAAAUACAACAUAAAGAGGAUCGUGUGACUACUAGUUUUAGGUGGGGCUCACCCUUAAACAAUUACCGUGCAAAAAAUCCAACACUGGUUAACCACAAAAAUAUUCAUUUAGCAACCAUCAUGCCAGAGCACCCACUGGCUCAUGUUGCUGUAGUGCAUCGGACAGUAUACCACUUGUUCAUUUGUUAUCAGUUAGUACUUAAUAUUACAAGUAACUUCAAACCAGUGGGUUAUUUAAAUACUACAGAAGUCAACCAACGUGUAAUCAUCAAACAAAGGUUUCAAAAGUCAUAUGGGAAUAUAUUUUUUUAAUUUAAUGAGGAACUAUUUACUAAACCGGAUUAUUGUAAGCUGCUAUAACAAGUAACGACCCGACACAUGAUGGUGUGUUGUCUAAACACAUUGUGAUAUACACUGACUGUAGAACCUGGACAGAAUCUUCUGCAAUAGCUUGGUAUAGAUAGUUGACUUUGGAUAUCAUAAAACAUCAGUGAAUGCAAUGGUCAUGUGAUACUAGUUGUUUAGUAAAUACAUCAGGGUUUUUUUUCCCAUCCGGCAACUGAUCAGGAAAUGAUGGUUGAGAAUUAGUAGAUAAGAAAGCCUGGUUCUAAUAACAUCUUAACUGAUAUGUGUUGAACAUAAUGUCAUUGACAAUUAGUAGAUAAGAAAGCCUGGUUCUAAUCAAAUCUAAACUGAUUUUCUAUAGACAUUACCUGUCCUCAAACAAGUGCACCUCCCCCCCACGCAAGUGGUCUGGUCCGAACAUCCCAACAGCCAAUGGGAUGGCCUAAAUUCUUCUACUGCAUACUGCUCUCUAGUUCUGGUCACAUGACUGUAACUUCCUUCUUUUUCUCUUCGCUCCAAGUUUUCUCCAAUGUGUUGAACAUAAUGUCAUUGACAGUUAGUAGACAAGUAAGCCUGGUUCUAAUAAAAUCUUAACUGCUAUGUGUUGAACAUAAUGUCAUUGACAGUUAGUAGACAAGUAAGCCUGGUUCUAAUAAAAUCUUAACUGCUAUGUGUUGAACAUAAUGUCAUUGACAGUUAGUAGACAAGUAAGCCUGGUUCUAAUAAAAUCUAAACUGAUAUGUGUUGAACAUAAUGUCAUUGACAGUUAGUAGACAAGUAAGCCUGGUUCUAAUAAAAUCUUAACUGAUAUGUGUUGAACAUAAUGUCAUUGACAGUUAGUAGACAAGUAAGCCUGGUUCUAAUAAAAUCUUAACUGCUAUGUGUUGAACAUAAUGUCAUUGACAGUUAGUAGACAAGUAAGCCUGGUUCUAAUAAAAUCUUAACUGCUAUGUGUUGAACAUAAUGUCAUUGACAGUUAGUAGACAAGUAAGCCUGGUUCUAAUAAAAUCUUAACUGAUAUGUGUUGAACAUAAUGUCAAAAUGUAAUGUCGAUUCUCAACCCAUCUACAAGAGUGAAAACCAGCAUGCCCAAACUGAUGAUGUCAACCACAAAAGUGUUUAUUAAAUUUUUGAGAAUCGGUUCUCAGACGGGCUAAAGAAAAUCUGUCAUUUUAAUUUUAGAGGAUCCUUCAAAAAUAAUUUUGAUUUUGAUAGUUGGGGAUUUAGGUUUUUUUUAAACUAUACUAUAUGGAAACGAGUAUUGUUCAGAAUAAUUUUUAGGUGUUACUCAAGUGAUAGCAUAUAAUAAAUUGUUUUACAUUGACCAUACCAAUAUCACAAAAAACAUACACUUAAAACUGAUAAAAAUACCCCCACCACCAGCAUGCUGUUUAUCACAAGAAGAAUGAAUUAAGUGUGUGAAAGAAUGAAUUAAGUGUGUGACUAAAUAUCUGUUUAUUUCAAACAAAGGUGGAAGAAUUGAUCUGUAUAUAAAAUUUACGAAGAUUUUUUUAUAUUAUUAUUGUUACUGGUACUACAUGAAACAAAGUAUGGUUUUAUUUAGAUGUCCAUGAUUUAAAAACACAGCCAGUAAUUAAGAAUAUAUUAAUGAUCAACUUUAAAGGGACAUACCCUAGUUUUUAAACACUAAGGUAUAUUUUUUACUAUUAGAGCCGUUUUUGAUAACUGAAAUCAAACUUUAUUUAGAUUUUAUAGUUUAGAUUAUUAAUUUCCAUACAUUCGAAAUGUUUUUGGUCAUCCUGGUGGUUUUAAUAUCACAAAAUGCAUUUCUUAUACUUUAAAAAACGGACGUGCGUCUGAGAAGAAACGGUUAUGGAGUCACGUUUUAGUCCGUUUGUAGAGUGUAUUUCACCAUUUCAAAGUCACAGACUCGUGUUUCACUCAAUUGUAACUUUAUCCAAAUGUGUUUCAGGUUUGUAGAUUAACUAAAUGUAGUGUUAAUUUUCAUGGGCUGAAACUAGGGUAUGCCCCUUUAAACCAUGGUGAAUGGUAGACUAAUUUUAGUAGUUUUGGAACACACAAGACCUGGGUUUUUUUAGUAAACUUAGUUUUGGUUUUUUUUUCACUAGACUAGUAUGUAACAUAUUUGAGAUUUGCAUGUCUAGUUUUCAUUAUACUUAACUUUGUGUUCAGUACUGCAAAUCAAAUUGAAAUAACUGCGUUGUUUGAUACUAAUAUAUUUGAAGGUUAGUCCUUUUUCAUUUGUGAAGCACAUACAGGUACCUGAUCCACAUUACGUCCCAAUACUAAAUGGAGCUGUUCAAAUCAAAAGUAUAUGGCUUCCCGAAAUCAAUGCAUUGUAAAAUGAUUUUUAAAUAUUCUCACAGUACUUCUAACGUUUCAGGGUUAAACCAGUCAUGUGGAAUAGAUAUGUAUGCAAACAUUUGUUUUCUUCUCCAUAGAUAUUUGUGUGUAAAUCUUUCCACACUUGUGUAGUUUAAUUCCUUGUAUAUUCUUAAUGCACAUUUUACUUCAUUAUAAAUACAAUUAUGUGUAAUCUUAGUUUUUCGUGUAUAUGAAUGGAAAAGAAAUGGAUUAAAAAAAACACUGAUCAAUAUAAUUUAUAGGGCUAGCUCUGGGUGAUCAGAAAACUUUGCCAAAUCAUCUAUUUAAACUUUAAAAAUGGCAAAAAACCUAGGUAUUUUCUAAUAAAAUAACAAUUACUACAAGAAAUUUAUUCACCAAAUUAAAAUAAAAUUCGCCAACUGUGUUUAAAAUUCGCAAUUAGCUAACUUGGCAAGUGCCAGAGCUAGCCCAGAUUUAUUUUGCUAAGUAUUAAUAUACAGGUCCAGCAUGCUGUCCUGGAUAUGUUAAAGGGACAUUCCCAAGUUCGCUGCAAUUUUUAAGAUGUUAUCGACUAACAGAGACUUUUAAACGACUGUAAUUACAUAUCAAAUAUAUUUUUCUGCAUAAAA